GUUGGGAUCCUCUGCAGUGCAUAUUUUGCACCGUAGAGAGCUGUACAACCUUUGAUCACCCUCCUCAACCUAUCAUGGAGAGCGACGGCUUUUCAGCAUCCAACAGCGAUGUACAAUAUUUGGCAUGCAACACGCUGCCAUGUUUGACAGCCGUCCAUCUACACAAUCAGAUGAAGUGGCAAUGAUUGAGUACCAUACAGCCCUCUGUGGUGUGUCAAACAUUCACCACGAAGGAUCCAAACUCCAUCCAUUUACCUGAUACGCUUUAGUCAAUGCCUAACAGACAAGAAUCAUAGGGUUUAUAGAGUAAAUAUUAAUAAAAGCUUUCCCACAAUAUGACUGACCUCAAUUUCCAUAGAUGCCACAAACAUUUGUAACAUACAACAAAGCUGCACUAAUGCGAUGUAUGUCUUAACCAACAGCUCCACGUCUUGUUAUCAUCAAUAUGUCAUGUUGAUUUGGAAAUGCAGAUGAAAGUGGUCAUUUAUCAAUGCAGGAAAGAACAAAAAUGUCAUUGGUGUGGUCCUUGCUAUUGCUAUACCUCUAGUAAUUGCAUUCGUGCUGAUCUCCAUAAUUUGCAUUUGCAUCUGGAGGAGAAGGAAGCCAGCUAUAAAGUUACCCUAUUCAAAAGAAAUUUUUGAUAAUACUUUCAAGAUUCUGCUCUUUCAGUAGAUGGGAGUAGCCUGGAGGAAAUCACAAGUGUCGAGUCCCUAUUACUCGAUAUAUCCACACUACGAGUUGCAACAGCUAACUUCUCCGAAGAGAACAAACUUGGAGAAGGUGGCUUCAGUGCAGUUUACAAGGGACUACUACCUGAUGGACGAGAAAUAGCAGUCAAGAGGUUAUCAACUAGUUCAUCACAAGGAUUCAGAGAGCUGAGAAAUGAGCUAGUUUUAGUUGCAAAGCUCCAGCACAGGAAUCUUGUAAGGCUUAUGGGUGUUUGCUGGGAAGAACAAGAGAAGUUGCUUGUUUAUGAAUAUGUGCCUAACAGAAGCCUGGACACCAUUCUUUUUGAUCCUGAGAAGCGCAAACAGCUAAACUGGGGAAAAAGGAACAAGAUCAUUGGCGGGAUUGCUCAAGGCCUACUGUACCUACAUGAAGAAUCUCAAUUAACAAUUAUACAUCGGGAUUUAAAAGCCAGCAAUAUCUUAUUAGAUGCAGAUUUGAACCCAAAGAUUUCAGACUUUGGGUUGGCUAGGCUUCUUGGUGGGGACCAAACUCAGGGCAUCACGAGCCAAGUUGUUGGAACAUUUGGGUAUAUGGCACCGGAGUAUGUCAUGCAUGGGCAGUUUUCUAUCAAGUCAGAUGUAUACAGUUUUGGUGUUAUAGUUUUAGAGAUCGUGACAGGCAGAAAGAACAGUGAUUUCUCUAGUUCUGAAUAUGCUGAAGACAUAGUGAACCAUGUCUGGGAGCGGUGGGUCAAAGGAACAAUUUUCGAGAUAUUGGACCCAUCUUUAGGCACACAUUGCCCAAGGAGUGAACUGUUAAGAUGUGUUCACAUUGGCCUAUUGUGUGUCCAGGGAAAUCCAUCUGAUAGACCCAACAU